AUGGCAGCAAAGAUAUUUGUUUUGUUUGCUCUUCUUGCUCUUUCGGCGAGUGCUGCUUCCGCGGCCACUUUUCCACAAUACUUUGCGUCGCAACAGCAGAUCUUAAACCCACUAGCUAUGGCGAGCCCCAUCGCCUACUUACAACAGCAGCAACAGAUCUUCAACCCACUGGCUGUGGCAAACCCCAUCGCCUACUUGCCGCAGCAGCAACAACAGAUCUUCAACCUAUUGGCCGUAGUGAGUCUCACUGCCAACUGGCAACAACAGCAGCAGAUCUUCAACCCUCUAGCCAUGGCGAGCCUCACCGCCAACUGGCAACAGCAACAGCAACAGCAGCUCUUUAACCCACUAGCCGUGGCGAGUCCCGCCACCUACUGGCAGCAACAACAGCCAUUCAACCCACUGGCCAUGGCGAGCCUUGCUGCUCAGAUCUACACUGCUGGUUCCUGCUUCUAG